AUGGCAAGCAUGGCGGGGAUAUGGGGGCCAGCGGCCGUCCGUCUCCUCCGCGUUGCUGCCACGAGAGCGACCGAAGCCGUGCGAGCCAACCUUGCCAGCGCCGCGCGGCCGCUCUACAACGCAAAACAACAAUACAUUCCCAUCCGAUCCGGACGACAGCCCAUCCACCCUGCCGCCUUCUUGAAGCAGCAGCGGCGCUGGAUCUCGCGAAUCUCCGGCCAGCACGCCCAGGCGGUCCGCCGAUUCCUCAGUACCGCGCCGCCCCACGGCGGUGCUCGCCAGCCGUUCCGCCGAUCGCAGCUGCCUUCGUCCGAAACCUAUCGACGGGUCGGCCAGUUCUCCGGACGGGCUCCGUUUGCGAAUGCCCUGCGGCCAAACUUGACGGGCGGCGCGAUGCCGCGCUCUGCUGGUGGGUACGGCAUCGGCGGUGGCGGAGCCAGGUACUUUUCUCACACGCCUGCGGCACCGGCUCAGGUCGUGCAAAAUGUCUCUCAAGCCAUGAGGGCCUUCUUCCUUUCCGGCCAGCGCCUCCAAUAUGACGGCCUUGGGGCCAACGGCGAGCCGCAGUACCGUGCCGUUUCGGCUCUUGAGGACCAGGCCAUGCGCAAAAUGGCCAACUUCCCGCGUUUCGCCUCGGGCUCUUUCAUCGACUUCAAGCUCACCCCCACGAUCACCGCGCUGAGUCCUCUUGCCGCUGCGCUGAUCGAAGCGUCUGAUAUCUCCGGCUUCAAGGGCGCCGCUCCUGCUGAUGGCGCUUCCCUCAAUACCGAAGGAUUCCUGGAUGUGCUCUCUACCGACUUUGGCCGUGCGCUCAAAGAUCUUACCGCGAUAUAUGCAGAUCUUCGUCGACUAUCCGUGCUCGGAGACUUGCCCGUUUCUAUGGAGAAGAGCAACGUUCUUCGUGUUCGGUUCCCAGGAGUUGAUGUGUAUACCCUGGAGCGUCUCUGCGACGAUAUUGGCAUUGAGCGAGGUGUUCUUGGCCAAGACCCGCAGUCUGAAAACAUGCAUAUGACGCUUCAAAUCCCAUUUGCCCCUGAGUCAGAAAAGGCCUUUACGUCGCCUGGUGGUUCUACCAGAUCUGUCUGGGGACCCGGGUCGGAAUAUGACGCUUUGAGCGAGGACUCCUUGAUUCAAGAGGCAUUUGAGCUUGACGGAAACCCAUGGCUGUCGGAUCCAGAAGAAUAUGAAAGCCUUUCACCAGCUAGUUGUUCGGUGAAGCAUCGUUCUCAGGAAUUCGAGGGUCUUGAGGGCAUAUAUAGGUUCCUGGAGGAGUGCGACAGGGCCAAGGGUCGGGUCGGCUAG